GGAAAGAGUUUCUUUACCUGGAAAAACAAGGACAGAGGAAAUCAAAAUGGUGCAAGAGGAAAUCAGAAAGGGCCCAUGGACAGAACAGGAAGACAUUCUCCUGAUGAACUUUGUGGGCUUAUUUGGAGACCGACGAUGGGAUUUUAUAGCAAAAGUUUCAGGUUUGAAGGUGGUGGGCGACACAUAAUAGGUCUCAACAGAACUGGAAAAAGUUGCAGGUUACGGUGGGUUAACUACCUCCACCCUGGUCUCAAACGUGGCAAAAUGACUCCCCAAGAGGAGCGCCUUGUGCUUGAACUUCAUGCCAAAUGGGGAAAUAGAUGGUCAAGAAUUGCCCGUAAGUUACCAGGGCGAACUGAUAAUGAAAUCAAGAACUACUGGAGGACCCAUAUGCGGAAGAGGGCUCAAGAGAGGAAGCGGGCUGUGUGUUCGCCGCCUUCAUCAUCAUCUUCAAUUUCUUCCCCUUCUUCAACUGUUACCACGGUAAAUUCUAUUUCUAUGCAGCCUAAUACUGGAAAAGCAAGUUUUUAUGACACUGGAGGGCAUGAUGGUGAUCAAGUGAUGGGUAUGGCCGCAGUUCAUGAAGAAAAAGAAACUGUUGGAUACUCCUUGGAUGACAUAUGGAAAGAUAUUGAGCUUUCAGAAGAAAACAACUCUUUGAUGAUCAAACCAGUUUUUGAAGAGAGUACUUGUAACUUUUCUUGUGCUUCAACUUUGGCCUCUCCAUCGUGGGAUUAUUAUCCUUGGGAAGACUUGCUAUGGAGGAUGGAUAAUUUUGAAGAAGAGAGUAAAAUGAUUAAUAAUCUCCGUAAUGAUCUAUUCAUUGCAUCCUCUAAAGAAUAUGGAAAAGCAUGUUUAACUGGCUAA